CCCGAGGCCCUUCUGCUCUGUUUACUUCUGAUACGGGAAUCGUCGGAUUUGCCUUUCCCCGGCUCCUCAUCCUCCUCCUCCGCCAGCCGGCAGCCGGCGUUCAAAAAUCCCCGCGAGCAAAUACCUCAGCUUAUUGAAGAUGGCCAUGGAAACGUCUUGUCUGUUCCAUUCUCGCCUGCCUGA